AUGGCCUCCGUGUUGCUUCGGCACAUAAAAACCUUUAUUGCUGGAAUGUCGUGCCCUUUAUUAAAGUCAUCAAAACCUUCCUACGAACAAGGUCGCGCAUGUCGUUAUUCUCAGCGAAUGAGCCUGUCCUACAGGAAAUUUUCGAGAGUCUUCUACCUUCAAGAUAUCGCAUCCCAGAACUUUUCGUUGGUAAUGGACGGCGUAGGUAAAAGUCUCUUUGGUUUUUCAGACGUCUUUGUCAUUAGUGAAACUGGGGGAGAACAAUAUAUCUUUGGUGAAGUAAAAAAUCCAAAUUAUGUAAUUAAACCACUAAAACCAACUCGACAAAAUAUAUCAAUUCCUUCACUUAAUAAUAAUAAUUCUACAUCGAGUCAACAUAUUCCUAGUUUAGGACAAACUAGUGUGCAACAAAGAGUGCUGGUUAUCAUCAACGAUUCCAAACUUCUGACAGUAGUUUUUCUCAAUUGGGAUCAGGAAUUGGGUCAACUGGGAACUAAAGGAGUAUUAGCUGAAGCAUUUGCAACAUUAAUUAGAGUGUUAUGGAAUGAGCAAUAUAAUUUUGUUUCUUCUGUUACAUUCAAAACAGCAAUUGGUCGAUUUUCAUCACAAUUUUCUGGUACAGAACAUGAUUUUCAAGAAUUUUUUGCAUUUUUAUUGGAUGGUUUACAUGAAGAUUUGAAUCUUAUUGUGAACAAACCAAUAUUUCCUGAUAUGACUCCUGAAGAAGAACAACAAAUGGAGGAAAUAUUAGAUGGAGAUGAUGCUUGGAACUGUUCUAGAUUUCGAUGUCCUAGACGGGCAAUAAAACAACUUAAUUUAGAUUUAACAUCAUAUGUACCAAUUCCUAUUGAGAAACCUACGUCAAUUGGAUGUAACACUCAACACGAAUUACCGGGCACAGGAGCUGGGAAUCAUAAUUCUCUACAACAAUCUGGACCUUUUAUACAGUAUAUGAUUUAUUUGCUGCUUCGAAUCAUUAUGGAAGGUUAA